CUUCUAAAGGAGAAGACAAAAAGUGAAAAAGCCAAACAAGGAAAGAAAAAAGGAAGACUGAAUAUAAAGGAGUGCCUUAAAAGUGAGAGAAGUAGAAGGAACGCAAUUAAAAGCACUUUGUUAAAGGGGAAAGAAGACAUGAGACCAAUAAAGAAACCAAGAGGCCGGGGAAGGAAAAGGGGGGGCCCGCAUUCUCCCCCAGAGAAGGACGCCAAAAGAUUCAGGAGGGAAACACUUGUCAAGACGACAGAGCACACAACCAAAACAUUGAGUAGUCCUUCCCCACGCAAACACACUCCGCCCAUCGCCUACAGCACUAACAAGGAGCCAAUGAUAAGCAGCAGUGCACCCUUGGUAGGGCCUGUUGCACUGAGGCAACCUGUGGAGUCAGUCGAGAAGGACACAAAGCAACCACAAGAAAAGACAGAGAAGAAAAUGAUAGGCACAAAUGGAACUAGCACUACGUCUGCAGAAAGCGGAGCAUCUUCUACCUCUCCUUCAGCACCCGUCUCCACAGCCAUGCCCCCGGCAGCCACAAAUCACAGCCACGUCACCACCUCGGUCUCAAGUAGGAAAACAGCCACUUUCAAAGCCCGCAUCCCCAAGAAGAAAUAUACAUAUGAGCACUUUGUGAAUAACGCCCUGACUGCCAUUAAUGCCCCCAGCCCUGAUUCUUCUCAAAACAACUACAAUAUCAACAACAAAGCCAGUGACAGUAUCCACAAGAUUAAUAAUAUCAAACAUAGCAACAUUAAUAGUGAUAGUAAUGAUAAAAGCGCCAUCAGCAACAUGGUCAAUAGUAGCAGGAAUAAUUUUCUCAAUAACAUUUGCAGUAAAAAUAGUACUUGCUCAGGUAAUAUUCCCCCACAGCUAACUGUGGGUAGUAAUGCAACACAAGUGAAUCACUUUAUCCCUAUGGACAGCAGGGCUCUCAGGACAGAGGGCUCCCAAAAGGAGCCCAUCGAGAAUGAGUCUGAAGGAACGCCAAACUCAGUGCACUCCUCGUCCACUGAUACGGCCAGCGAGCACUCAGCCGAGCUGGACACGGUGGAGGCCACAGGACCAAAUCAUUCAAGUCAUUCUAACUUUCCCACCCCCCUUUGCCACUCAUCACCCAAGGGGGUCAGCCAUUCAGAUGGACUUGCUCAAGCGCUGGCCAAAGGCAUGAAAAACCAGAGGGUUCUUGCCUGUCAGAUAAAGAAGAGUGUGGAGAGUGGGGUGAAUGGGAAGGACUUGGGUGCACUGUCCCGUGUGUUUAAGCCUGGUGUAGUGCGCUGUGUGAGUGGAGGGACAGUUGAAGUCCAGCUCCAAGGAGAAGAGAGACUUGUUCAAUACCCUUUCCAUGGUGAUACUGUGAUUACAUCAUCGCCUGAGGCCAAGAACACUGUGGAGUUAAUUUUGGAUGCCCCCCCACCUGGCAUGGCACCUGUGGCUGUGGGAACACAAGUGUGUGUGCCAUUUGGUGGAGAAGAGGGAGGGCCUCUGUUUUACAGAGAAGGAAUUGUGACACAGGUGGACCCCCACCCUGGGGUGUCAUUUCCCUACCGGGUGCUCCUCGAUGAACAGAUUCUGGAUAAGCAGAAAACUGGCAAGGAGAACGAAAGACUGGCCGUUUGGGUGUCUCGACAGAGCCUGAGACUGCUCACCCCUCCCUGGGAAGUUCCAAAUUUGGACGGUGGUAGGGCAAAGGAGAGGGAGCGAGAAAGAGAAAGGGAGGAGAGGGAGCGGAGGGAGGAGAUGGAAGUGGAGAGGGAGGUGUGUCAGUUGAGUAAGGGAAUGGGGGUGCUUGGAGGAGGGGGCAGGCUAGGUCAUAGUUUCUCGCACCAGGGGACCACUGCGGGACGUCCUUAUGUUAAUGUAAAUCCACCGUCCCACUCUACUAUUGGGGCACCCAGCAUAGGGGCCAGCCCUGACAUAAGAGUGCAGGCAGAGAGACAAAAACAGGCAAACAUUCCUGAAGAUGUGGAACUUUCCCAGUUAAAUAUGGGCCUGACUGUUACACCCAGAACAGCGGUCGGCACCCCUCAUAACACAAAUCUCCUGUCUAAAAACAGUGGCUACCCCUCCUCCUCCCCUCACCUCACUGUGGUGCGAGGUCUGGGCCCUCCGCACCUGUCCACCCUCACUGGUCCUCAACCACCCCCUUCUCCAGCCUUAUUAACCUCUGAUAUGAACAAUCCCACUUCUAACCUACCUCCAUCCAAAACCACUCCAUCCCAAACCCCCACUCCCACUUCCUCUACCUCUUCUCGUUCCAGGACACCCCUGUCAUUAGCACAACAGAAAUAUAAAAAGGGUGACGUAGUGUGUACCCCCAAUGGUAUCCGCAAGAAGUUUAAUGGAAAGCAGUGGCGGAGGCUGUGCUCUAGGGAGGGCUGCAUGAAGGAGUCCCAGCGCAGAGGCUACUGCUCCAGACACCUGUCAAUGAGGACCAAAGAGAUGGAGGCGGCUGGAGGAGAGAGGGGCGGGGGCAGCAGCUCAGGUACACUCACCCCAUCUGACCUGCGAGGCCGAGCCAGCAGUGAGCUGGACUGGGACGACACGUCGAGAGAGGGCAGUGAGACCAGCAGCAGAGGAGACUCCAGACCCCGUCUAGUGCUGCCCUCACUCGUCCCACACGACCUGUCCUCACGCUUUGACUUUGAUGAGUGUGAGGCAGCCACCAUGCUCGUGUCUUUGGGGAGUUCCCGUUCAGGGACACCAUCUUUUUCUCCAAUCUCUAACCAGUCUCCCUUCUCCCCGGCCCCCUCUCCCUCCCCUUCCCCACUUUUUGGUUUUAGGCCAGCCAACUUCUCCCCCAUUACAGCCUCCCCAGUGCUGUCACAUCGUAGGCACAGGCAGCCCAGUGGGGCAGGGGUAACAGGGGGGGCCGGGGGCUCUAAAACUGCCCACAGUGGAGGAGAAAAAGAGAGGCACACCUCUGGUCACAUCCAGCCAUCCUUUCAAAACAACCUGACUUUUACUGUCCCCAUGAGCCCCAGCAAACGGAAGGCGGACACUCCUGCCCCAGCUUCCCUCACGUCGCACCACCAUGACUACACCCCCAAGACGGAACAGGAGCAGGGCGAGCUCAGUGGUUCCUUCAGGGUUCUAUCACCAGCUGCACAUUCCCGUACUCACACCCCCACAUUCUCCCGGCCUCGGGGAGUCACUACGCCCUCCUCGAGUAGACCUCCGUCUGCUGCUGCUGUCUCCCCUCCUCCUCUGCUAGUCUCUCCCACUCCUCCCUCUCCGCUGCCACCUGAUGGAGGUUCUCGCCGCAUGGUGCCAGUUACCCAGCAGGCUUUGCGUGACUCCCCUGUUAUUGUCAGAAAUCCUGAAGUCCCUCUGGCCAAAUUCACCGAGUGCCCUGUUGGACGAGGAGGGUCUGAGGCGGGCGCUGACUCUACCACAGACACUACUGUGACUCUCACCCCUCAGCCCAUCUCUGGCCUCCAGGUGCCUGUCCCCAUAAAUGCCGCCUCAGGCAGCAUUCCCAAUGGCACAGUAAUUCUGCGAAGCCCAGCCCAGACUUUGGUGCUCGUGUCCCCUUCACCUUCUGCUCUACCCACCACUGACACCCCUGCUGCCCCCCUGCAGGCCCUGUCAGUGACCGUCAGCACAACAGUGGCUCCCACUGCGAACAGCACAGACAGCUGUGAGGAUGGAGGGGAGAACAGGGAGAGUGGUUUUGGAGGGGAGCUCCAGCAGCCUGUUCCCUGCCACCCAUCUCCCACCGCACUCCUGCCCCUCAUCCUGCCAGCAGAAAGCCUUCACCCUGCCCCUCGAAAGGACAUCAUUAUGGGACGCCCUGGCACAGUAUGGACCAACGUAGAACCACGGUCUGUUCCAGUCUUCCCCUGGCAUUCUUUAGUUCCUUUCCUGGCACCUACCCAAUCAGACUCAUCCUCUCAGCCAGGAGAGGGCCAUCACGCAGUCAACCACCCCCAAGCUGUCACUCUAAAAACAGGAGCAGAAGUACAUGGGGUGGCAGCUCAGCCACAGGAGCCUGUAGAGGCCCCUCCCACCAUAGAAAGAGUUCCUCCAUCCCGGCCUCCCCCCUCUGCAGAGGAGCCACCUCCAGAGAAAGACAAGGGAGAUGCAGAGAGGGAGAGGCCAGACAGUGAAACAGAGAGUGAUGUUGAUGAUCCCUUUCUUCCUGGUGUGGUCCCCGAACAACCUCUCUCUACAUCACCAGUGAAGAGACGUACACAGUCUCUUAGUGCACUACCAAAAGAUGGAGACAAAAAUAGUCCUGGAAAGAGAGAAAAGGACCAUAUACGACGUCCAAUGAAUGCAUUUAUGAUAUUCAGUAAGCGUCACCGAGCUCUAGUUCAUCAGCGUCAUCCAAACCAAGACAACAGAACAGUCAGCAAAAUUCUUGGAGAAUGGUGGUAUGCGUUAGGACCAAAGGAGAAACAAAAGUACCACGACUUGGCCUUUCAGGUAAAAGAAGCACAUUUCAAAGCCCAUCCUGAUUGGAAAUGGUGUAACAAAGACAGGAAAAAGUCUAGCUCUGAGGGUCGUGGUGUCCCAGGGAAUAAAGACAUAAGGGAGAGAAGCAUGUCGGAGUCCACAGAGCCUCAUUCUGUGGAGCUAAAAGGAGUGCCCCCUGGUUUAGUGGGUGUUUCUGAGAGGGGUACAGUGGAAGGUCAUGGGAGUCAGCUCACCCGACCACGAGCCUUUUCACAAAGUGCCAUGCACAGCCUGGAGCGGAGUGGCAGAGGCAAUACACAAGCUCUGGCAGAACUGGCACAGAUGUGUGGAGAGGGUGUUAAUCAGUUUUCAAGACAUGCUCCACCUUUGUCACAGUCCCAGCGUGGAGUCAGUGAGGACAUGACCAGUGAUGAAGAGAGGAUGGUCAUAUGUGAAGAGGAGGGAGAUGAUGAUGUCAUUGAGGACCCUUAUCCGAACAGCUCCAUAGAUCUCAAAUGCAAGGAGCGAGUUACAGACAGUGAUAGUGAAAAUGGCUCUGGAGAUGAAACGGAAAGGAAGAGAGUCUUUGCCCCAGUUAUCUGCUCAUCAUCUUCAGCUCAUUCCACUCAUCAUGGCCGCAGUGUCUCCUUAUCCUCCUAUCCAAGCAGCAGCAAGCGUUUUGAGGAAGCCAGAUCUUUCGGGGCAGGGUUUACAGAGCACAGACGAAAGGGUGGAGGUGAUGGAGAACACACAAACCUUUCUGCUGAAGGAAUAGGUCUCCCAAGUUCUUUCUCUAUGCCUGGCCAGUCCGGCAUCUCUAAUGCGCCGGGUGCAGCACCCCCUUCUUCAUCAUCUACAAUGGGUCCAAGUUCAGGAUUAAGCAUUGGUGGUUCGAGAGCAGCCUCCACCGUGGUAACCAACGUGAUGCGUCCUGUCAUCAGCACACCACUCCCUUUAGCCAGUAAGCCCAGAGAAGGAGGGCCCGCACCAAGCUCACAUCCACCUGAAAAGAAGUCCAUGACCCCACAGCAGCAGCAACAGGUCCUGAUCGGGCCAGGAUCUGCAAGUGGUGUUACGGCACUUGGCGGUGGGUAUUACUCUUCCUCAUCACCUAGUCCUAUUGGUGCAGGAGUAAGCCCAGGGAGUGUAGUCACUAAUUUGGUGUUAGGUACACCCCUGCCCGGACAACCUGCUGUCCAGCUUAUCAGCCCCUCUCCUCAACCCCCGCCUUCCCAGCAGCAGCCACACCUUUCUAGUGCCACGUCAGCCCAACUUAGUCAGACCAAUGGGCCCCUGCCUAUGCCCAUACUUCAGCCCCAGUUCCUGCCUGCAUCUUCCCUAGCACCCACAGGGGGAAAGGCAAUCACGCAAGUUCAAUAUAUCCUGCCCACUUUACCUGCCAACCCCAAUCCCAAGAGUCCACCUCAGCAACUUAAUCAGCCAACCAGUAUCUUCAACCUACCCACAGCUCCAUCUGCACACACAGUCCUGACCAAUGGAAAGCAGCCCAGUUCAAGUUCACUAGCUGGAUAUACAUCAAGCCCCUCUUUGGGUGUGGUCAGCCCAGGCACCAGAGUGCAAACCCAGUCCCCAGUGCUCCAGAGUAAAAUGCUUGUUCCCAUGGCCACUGUACGGACUGCACCAGCCCCUGCCCAGCAGUUUCCUAUUGUGGCGCCACCUCUUCCUGUUCAGAAUGGUGCCCAGGCUGGAAACAAGUUAAUACAGAUAGCCCCGAUGCCUUUAGUUCAACCCGGGCUUCCUCAGGGCACAGCAGUCCAACCGUCUAGUGCUUUUCCGGUCACAGUUGGUCCAGCUACCGUGGUAGCUCCAAAUACAGGCCCGUCCCAGACUAUGCUUCUUCCACCAGGGUCUAACAGAAUUACCUAUGUCCACUCCACACCGGGGGUCCCGUCCACGCUACCUUUGGUCUCCACAACAACAGGCUCACCGCCCUCCCAACAGCCCCUGCCCGGAUCUGCAUAUGUUCCAUCACCCAUAGCAACACUGGGCUUCACAGCUAUCGCACCACCUGGACAGACCCUGGUUCAGCCUUUGAUAGCAGGUCAGCCUCCAAUCCUCACUACAGCUCAGUCUCCACAAACCUCCACUUCAGUCCCUGCUUCAGGCAAUGGAGGGCAGGUCGUUACUGCCAUCUACCCUUCUUCACCUAGUGUUUCCAUGGCAACAGGGGUGGUCUCUGUGACGGCAGCACCCCCUGGUGUGGUCUCCAGCCCUUGCAACACUUCCUCUCACAUUUUGCCUAAGCACACACCUACGUCCAUCACUGUAACCCCCCCACAAGCAGACAGAGACCGGGGUCCAGAUGGACAGAGUGAAAAGCCUCCUGAGAGGCAGGCAGAAGUGCUGACGCCUUUGGACCAACAGCCGCAGUCCUCCAGCGUCAGCAGCACAAUAGCACCCUCCAGUGGCUCUAGUAUUCCCAUCAAGCCUGCUAGUCCCCAACUGCACAUUCAAACAUCCGUUGGUACUACAGGAACAUCAAAGCUCAUCCAGCUUCCACUUAGAGCUCCUCAGAAAGUAAAGGCUACUGUGGCUACCAUUCCUGUAGGCAGCUAUGAAGGAGGAGGUCGAGGUAAGGAGAGGGAGAAAGAUCGUGAGAGGGAACGUGAGAGGGACCGUGAGAGGGAACGUGAGAGGGAACGUGAGAGGGAACGUGAGAGGGAACGUGAGAAGGAACGUGAGAGGGAACGUGAGAGGGAACGUGACAAAGAGGAGAGAGAAGCAGCAGCUAGCAGUCUGUUCUCUUUUGACACUGAGCCCCCAACACAAAGCAGCUCACCAUCUCCUCAUCCUGCUGAAGAGCCUUCCUCUGAUCGACCUCCAGAGGGCCCUAAUACAGCCGACAAUGAAAACAGAAACAAGGACAGUGCAACCACAAAAGAGGCUGGGUGGAAGGAGUCCAUUCCCUCAUCUCCUUUGCCUCCACCAUCAACUGCUGAGCCCAGCCUACCCCCUCCACAGAGUGAUAAAGAGGUUCCUACUCCCAAAAAGAUCAAGGCACGUCCACCUCCGUUAAAGAAGACCUUUGACUCUGUGGACAAGGUGCUAUCAGAAGUCUAUUUUGAAGAGCGUUUUGCUGAGCUCCCUGAGUUUCGGCCUGAAGAGGUCCUCCCUUCACCAACCUUACAAAGUCUGGCCACGUCGCCUCGUGCUAUUUUGGGCAGCUACCGGCGCAAACGGAAGAACUCUACAGAUCUGGACUCGGCACCCGAUGAACAAGCCUCCCCAAAGAGAAAAAGCCGACGGCGUUCGAGCUGUAGCUCAGAGCCUAACACGCCUAAAAGUGCUGCCAAAUGUGAGGGAGACAUUUUUACCUUUGACAGGGCAGAGGGAGAGGACAUCUUGGCAGAACUUGAGUUUGAAAAGGUGCCAUACUCUUCCCUGAGAAGAACGUUGGACCAGAGAAGAGCACUGGUCAUGCAGCUUUUCCAGGAGCAAGGCUUCUUUCCAUCUGCUCAAGCCACUGCAGCCUUCCAGAGCAGAUAUUCCGAUAUAUUCCCAACCAAGGUGUGUCUGCAGUUAAAAAUAAGGGAGGUCCGGCAGAAGAUAAUGCAGACGGCCACGCCCUCUGACACUCCAGGUUUAGGUUUGCCUGACUUUGGUGGCCCAAACCCUGGACCUUCUGGCUCUCAGUCGGGAGAGGGGUCUGGGCGAGGUGACCUGCAGGAUGAGGAAUUGGAGCAUGGGGUUGACUCUGGUGUAGAGGAGCCACGUGACUCCCAGGACUCCUCCAGGUGAGGGAGUGACCAACAGCCACUACUGUCUGUGGAAUCACUCCACUCUCACCUGCUCAUGUUUGAUUUCUUUGGUCAGCAGCCUGGAUUUCAAAGUGCAAGAGACUUGUAUGCAAAAGAAGCAACUUUUAAAGGGACUUCCUUGUACCAAAAAGGACAUGAGUGGCAGUGGCUCUAACAAUGCCACACUUACCCCGUCAUAAUGGACCUCUACAUCACUUUAUUCCAGACUUGAAUUAGCACUCUGUGAUUACCACCAUGGUGAAGUCCUCAUCAAAGCCAGUGAACCAAGGUCCAUUGUGUACAGCUACAGAUUUGCCUCGAAGAAAAUGUUUGUGAUGCUGGACUUGGAGACCUGCCUUGUCUGUUCAGAUACACAAAAAGCAUUUUGGAAAAUAAAUACGUAUCUUUUCAUGUUUUCUUUUUUUUCUUUUUUUUUUUUAUAAUGCUAGAGGAGUAAUUGCAGUAAACUGCUGCUUAUGGGACAACUUGUAUUUUAAGUGUUGUACACUCAUCUGCUGACUGGGGCUGGGCCCUCAGCAGACAAGACUUAUUUCAAUUGAGGCUUUUGCUUUGAACUUGGAAGGAUCCCUUCCAUUUUAGUGUUUGUAGACCACUAGGCUGGUCUGUUUAAAGUGACUGAAGAUAUAACGGUUUAAAUGGACUCCUGGCUGUGCCAUCAUUCCUGCAAGUUACCAUCUGGCCAAGUCUGACCCUAACACAUGCCAGAAAGGAGGAACAAGCAUUCCUGUGCCUCUUAUUCACUAGCCUAUGAAAGGAGCGGGUUAGGGUUAAUGGCACAUCCUGGCUCUUGACAAGGGUUGGUUUGUUGGACUUUAAUUCUCUUAUGCCAAGCAGUUUUAUUAACUUUUUAAUUAUUUUUUUGUAUUGAACAUUGCCAUUAUUGAGUUUGUUGUAUUCCUACAACUGUGCCCAUCCUGAUCUUUACAUUGAAACAUCUUCCCUAGUUCUGUUUGCAUAGUGAGCAGGUGUUGCCUUACUCCUGCUGAUUCCUAUAGUUAAAGUAACAUUCCCCUCUGCACCUGCCUUGUUUUCCCACUGUAGUCUUCCCUUGACUGGCCUCAUCUCAUCAAGGAUUUGGGGCAUAGUUGUUAUUGAUUUCAAUGGGGAACAGAUGUGAGAUGGACCUAGUGCUAAUUCAACAGUAAUAAGAAGUACAUUUUCUACAAAAGCAUAUAUGCAUCCCUAUUCCUUGAAGUUGCAGCACUUGUACAUCUCGUUCCUACACCUCUUUCCUUUCCGCUUCCUCCUUUUGUCACUUUAUUGCUCUCUCCACUCCUGGCCUUUCCAUUUGGGUGGAUUGAAAACAAGGGGUUGCGGAAAAGGGUUAACCAAGAAGAGCUGGUAGGAUCUAAUACUGGUUGUGUCUUUGUGCAAGACUUGGUAGUGUUGUAAAUAAUUACUGUAGAGUCAGUAGACUCAUAAUAUUACGGAAAAUAAAUCUGUCAUUGAGCAAGUUAACUUUUAAGACCCAACUAUUGAAGAAUUAAAAACACAUGAAAUGGAAAAAAUUACUAUUCAUGUUUUGUGUUAUGCUCCUUGUUUUGCUGUUCCAGUAAGCAAGAGUUUAUAUAAAUAAUUUAAGUUUGUAUCUGUAUCUUUCAGUAUACAAAUAAAAGGUGUUUAAUUGAAA